ACUCUUAAAUUGAUUGAAAGUGUUUUUACUUCAGGUCUGCCCUGGAACAACUCUUAUACUGCACCCGCCUCCCAACCAAUCACAGACAGCGCUAUGUCGUUCUGGCGUCCAUUGCAGUUGUCCGAUGAAUUCGACGACGCGCACAUCCCUCACCUUUUGGUCAAACCACAAUUCGAAACGGAUUCAUACACGGUCUUUUUAACUGAUCUCACCAACAUAUGGAGUGAGCAGUUGGAUCUGGCCGGUAUUGUACAACGAGCUCUGGUCGAAAAAUCCCCAAUCGAGGUCAGCAAACAAGAUACGGCCCAACUGACCAUCCUUCUCGACAAUGUACAGAAACCCCUGCUCGGCCAUCAGGACGCGACAUGCCGUGUCACAAAAACUCCCGAUGCUACAGAUGGCGGCGUUGUACUCCACACCACUAUUGCCUUGCCGAAGCCUUUAGAUUCGCUCCAGUGGAAAUUCCAUCUGCGGAAAAGAAGCCCUGCGACACUCAGAAACGAGCUAAUUCUUCCAUUGCUUAUGACUUCUCAAAUUCAGCAUGAGAGUAUUCAUGGAUUGAUCGCAAUCAUAUCAGAAAAAGACAAGGUUAUCACCCGCAUGACGGAUCAGUUUGAAUCCAGCAAUAUGGACCUCGCGGCAGCCUUCCCUAGCAUAGGAAUCAAGUCUAGGAAGAUUGUAAAGCGCGAGCAAGCAGCAAAGCAUGUUCCCGGCUUGCGUCCAUUUGACAAAGCCUCGUGGCAGUCGAAAUCUGCCAGCCUGCAGCAUGAACCUUCUACUCUAGACGUAUUCCAAGAAGCCUUAUCGCAUUGUACACCCAAGAUUCCACCCUCACUUAAUUCAGAUGAUGAAGCAGACAAUUGGUGGUCCAAGAUCGAUUCUGAACUUAAGGGUAUCAAACCUCGUCGGAAGGAGCCGGAACCUCCAUCACGUGCUUCACCAGCGUCAUCGGAGACUGACGACGACGAGACCGAAGACGAGUUUGAAACGCAUGACAAUUUCAAAGCCAGACAACCGCAAAACAAUGUACAGCUAGAGCAACACACCCACCAACCGUCUUCCUCCCCGAAGUUGGACCAGUUAGCGAAUGAUGCUACUACAGACGAGGAAGACGACGAUGAUCUGGACGCACCCGUCUCUAGAAGUCAAACUCGAAAACAAAGUCAAAGUCAAGCGCGAGGGAAAGAACCAUCUUCGCCCAAUCUGAUACCACCAAAAGUCGAGCCGUCACCUCCACAGAAUCGAGACACACGCAAACCUUUUCGUAUUGGUGGCAAGGGUAGUCGAUCUCGGACGCCUUCCAUUGCACCGGAGGAAGUUUCUGGGGCAAAUGAUGAAUCGACCAUAGUCACUACAGCUCACGAGCAACAAACAACAACACUGAAAGCGGCGAGGAAACCGUUCAAGAUUGGAGGUAAGGCAAAGGCAGAGGCUGCAAUCGUCCAGGAUGCCGCGCCAGUGGCUGCUACGGUGGAACAAGCCCCGCAGGUAGAGGAUCGUGAAGAAACGGCAGAGGAGAAGGCGGAGCGAAAAAGACAGGAACUCAAGCGCAGAAACGAGGACUUGGCAAAGAAGCAAGUGCAGAGUAAGAAGAAGAGGCGAUUCUGA